CUUCACACCUCUUCCUCUCGCCCUCUCCUCCAUUCAUCUCUCCAUCUCCUUCCAUCCCCUGCUCUCUCUCCUCUCUUACUUCCCCUCUUCUCGAGUCCGCCAACUGCAUCUGAUCUUCUUUCCAUCACAAUUACCCUAUCCUACUUGGAUCAAAUCCCUGGAACCUAAAUUUGCACUGAUUCACCGUGCCCCUCAUCACCCUCUCGAUUCCUUCCAUCCUCUCUCCUAAAAUUGAGUCCUGGACCCCAUCGAGCGAAUCUCCGCUUGGCUUGCCACGGGCCGGUGUGGCCGGGCUUUGCUAUUCUGCAUCGCUUUCUCACCUCUUUGAACUCCCCCCUCCCCUCUCGCCAGCUCACUACUACUCCAAAACAACUCGGCCGAUCGGCUUCUUCCUUUCCUCUUUCCUUCCUUCUCCAACUCUACUCCCCCCUGAUAAGCUUCUUACCGUUCUCCAAACCUACCCUUCGAGCUUGGAUCCGCCAAAACAACCAAUGAGAUUUCCGUGACCCGACUCCCCCGAAUUCAACCUACACCGAUUCUACCUGAUUCAUCUGCACAGUCGCCCCCGAGAUAAUCAUGUCGCGACGAUACCAGAUCGAUGAGUUGCUUCAUCUGCGCUCGUCGCCCUUGGCUACCAAACCGGCUGGCUUACCGCCGGUAGAAGAUUGGAUGGGUCCAAUGCCCGACCCGACAACGCAACGAAAAACGUCCACCGUAACUCGAGAUCCGACGUCUCCGAAUGAUACCACUCCUCGACGACCGAGUCUGUUUGAGACUCGUCAUACCCCCCGUGGCUCCACUUCAGAGGAAAUCAUCCUGGGACCACCCAAGACCUCGUUUGCCUCGGCCUCCCGCAUCUCCGGUAAGGGGCUGGUCGAUCCGACGGAGAGUCCGUCUCGCGUUUUUGAUCCCGACGAAUCGAGAACCGAUCGCUUCAACAUUCGAGACAAGUUCCUCAGGGAGAGGAACGCCGAGGACCGAGAUUUUGAUCGCCGCGACGGGAAACCGGUGACCCUGAAUGGCCGCCGGGUGGAGCGAGAAGAUUGGAAUAACGCUCGGUCCCGUCGCACCUUCGGCCACGACGAGCCGGAGCGGAAACCGAGACGCAACGGGGAGUUCGAUCGGUGGGAAGGCCGUGAUAUCCAUCGCGACCAUGACCAGCGCGGAGAGAAGGAUCCCCGAUUCUUGCCUCGUCGAGACGGCCAGCCCCCACGGGCUAGACAUGAAGGCAGUUGGUUCCGCGAUGACAAGAACAACCACCACCAUCACCAGCAGGAGGGUCCUGACGCGGACGAGGAGAAGCCCUCGGUGCGACAUCGGGAAUGGCGCCGGGGCGACAGGCAUGGUGCAGACCGCGAUUGGACUCGCGGUGCCAAGUUUGAGCAGGAACCCGAGUGGCUGACGGCAAAUGAAAAGGACGAGCCCCGCCGGGCGCAUACCCAGGAAGACUUUGAACGCUGGAAGGAGAAAAUGCGGGCCGGAUCUGCCCAGGUGCAUACUGAGGAGAAGAAACCGUCCGCGGCCGAACCCCUCAAUGCCCCAGUGCAGAAGCCGGAGAAACGGCCCACGGACGGGGAGAUCUUCAGUAGCAGCGGCAUGCCGUUCCACGGCGAUGCAACCAUGGAGCGCUUCUUCGGAUUGCUCAGUGAGGGGAAACCCCAAGAACCACCCGCACCGUCGCCCGCAGAGGCUAUGACGAAGGAGAUGGCCCCUGCUCCUGCCCCCGCUCCUGCUCCUGCUCCUGCUCCCGCUCCCGCUCCUGUCAGUGCCCCGGCCCCAGCCCUAGGCCCCGUUCCGGCUGCGGCUGCGGCUGCGGCCGCGGCGUAUGCACUGCCCAAAGGCAAGUCAUCUCGCUUUGCUGGGUUGUUCAGCCCCCCUCCUGGAAGCCCGGCGAUGGAAGAGAGCGCUUCCCCGCUGGGACACCGGGCGUCUCCGGUCAACGAAUCCCCUAAGGACGCGGAUCAGGAAGGCUUCCAGCGUAUCCUGGCAAUGCUGGGUGGAGGCGGGCUGGGUGGAGGCGGGCCCAAAUCCCGCAACGCGACGCCUCACAAUGACUACGCACAGGUCACCCGACCCUCUCCAGUGGUCGCGGCCGAGCCUGCUUACGCCGCCAUUCCGUCUCCAUCGCGGGACCAAAUGAACCGGACCGACUACAUGCCGCGACAAGACGGUCCGAUGCGGGGUCCGGAUCCCGCCCUGAAGGACGCACUCUUCCCUCCGGAUCUUUCGGCCAAAGAUCCUCAAUCUCGGGAACAUCUCUUGCGGUUAAUGCAGCAAGUCCGCGUCAGCCCCGGUGGGCCCCCGAGUCACGGUGCACAGGGUCCCCCGCCCACCGCUGGACCGCCCCCCGGGCUGUUGAACAUGGCUGAUGUCAUGCCGCACCCACCGGGUAUCCCGACGGCGCACAAGGGACCCAGCUUCAUGGAUGACCCCGCGAUUGCCGAGCUCUCGCGACCGGAGGCGGAGCCGCUUCGACGCCGUCCGGCUAAUGGACCGCCGCCCCCCAUGGGCUACUUUGAUGACAUCCCGUUCCCUCAAGGCAAUCACUUGCCGAUGACACCUGGUGGAUCUCGUGCCCCGCAAGGUCAAGGUCUGCCUGCCAUGGGCAUCCAGCGGCCGCCCGGGUUUGAACAUAUGCCGCCCCCCGGAUGGGCGGGACCCCAGAUGCCGCCGCCGCAACAGGGUGUCGGACCGGGUCCCUUGGGCCCUCCCCCGGGAAUCCCCACUCCGACGCGGGGGGUCAACCCAAACUACAUCGCCAACAUGAUGCCGAUGCCGGGCGGUGUGCCCCCGCUCAACGAGCGCCAGCCCUUCCCGCGCGGCGCAGCCGGUGCGGGAACCCCGGGGUUCCCCCCGCCCCCGGGCAUGAUGCCACCCCCGGCUUACAUGAAUGGCCCUCUUCCGGGUGGGUUCCCACCCAUGCCACCCAAUGUGGAAGGCCUGAUGGGCAUGGGCCACGGUGGCCAGGGACCGUUCGAUGGCACCCCCGGUCCCCAGGGGCCUCCUCCCUCCUCCCGACACCUGCUUGAGAUGUUCGGUGGCGCUGACAUGCGGGGAGGGAUGGUGGGUCCGGGACAGUUCCGGUAAGGCGACAGUGUGUCGGGACAGGGAAGAGGAGACUGUAGAUGGCAGAUAGAACGCGUCCAAUGUGUCCACUGCGACAUUGUUCGUGUCCGUCUGUCCGACUCUGUAUCGUCCCUUCCGUGUCCAUGCAACGGUGAGAUUGUCAAAGGCAGAAAAGACAAGUAAUGGAGAUUGGAAUCUUGACAUCUCAACGGUACUCUAGGUGAUAUACUGCAGAUAAUAUCUAGGAACACUCUGUACUAGUGGCUGG